AACAGUGCAGAGCCUGCCAUUGUUUUCUAUAGCAAAAACGGAACUGGUCAGCAGGGGAGAAAAAAAGAACCCAUAACUGCUGCUAAACAUGGUUUCCGUCUUUAGUUUGUGUCCCAAACAGGAUACAGGAGCAUGAAUGUUAGUUUCAGACCCUGACCACUUGUUUUUGGAUACGAAUGGACAACCACGCAUUGGUCACAUUUUAUCCCAAACCUCACAGGGAACUUCUGGGUCAUCUAAUUUGUUGAUCUCCAUGGCAGUUAUGUUGUUUUUGGUACUGCUGCUCGCCAACAGCUUUGAGGGUAUCUCUGGAGCUGGACAGGAGACGCUCUGCACCUCUAAUGCCUGCUACACCCUGAAUAUGGUCAAUGGGAGCUUUGAGACGGCCAAUCAAAACUGUACGUAUAAUGGAGGUUAUCUGAUGACAGUCAGAGACAGAGAAGAAGAGGAUGUGCUGCGUUUGCUUCUCUCACAGAUCAAAAGACAGCAUCGGGAAAAGGGGUUUAAAUUUUGGAUUGGAUUAAAACGGCACAGUGGCGACUGUCUGUCAUCUGAUCAAGAGACCAAGAGUCUCAGGGGAUUUAAGUGGGUAUCUGGGGAGGAAGAUUCCCACUACUCCAACUGGGAAAAAGAACCUGCCAACACAUGCAUGGAGAGGUGCGUGAUGGUUCGAGAUAAACAACUUAAAUGGACAGCUGGAAGUUGCAAAAGCAGUAUUUUUUAUGCAUGUAAGUUUUACUUUAAGGGAAUGUGCAAACCUUUAGCUCUGUCGGGGCCAGGAGAAAUCACCUACACACUGCCCUUCUCACAAGAGCCACAAAGACUUGAAAUGCAGUCGUUGCCUUUAGGGACAUAUGCUGACAUUUCAUGUAGUGACACACAGCAUGAUACUUUAUGCAUGUUUAUGGAUGGCGUCUAUCAUUGGAAGGACCCUGGUCCAUUUUGCAAGCAAAAUUGUAUGAUCAACAACGGCGGAUGUGAACAUUUGUGCCAUUCAGGUACAGAUCAGGUCCACUGCUCUUGUAAAGAAGGUUACUCCCUGGAUAAGAAUGGAUUCACUUGCAGGACAAAAGAGUUGUGUCCAAAUGGCUUUCAACUGGAUGCAGACCAGCGCACCUGCUCUGACAUUGAUGAGUGCCAGUCACAAAUCUGUGAGCAUUUAUGCAUAAAUACUCAUGGUAAUUACACAUGCGUGUGUAAAGAUGGCUACCAGAUGGUGGGCGGUAAGUGCAGUGACAUAGACGAGUGCACACAACGGAAAUGUGAGCAUGGUUGCUCGAACAGCAUCGGAUCCUACUCUUGUUACUGCAGGCAGGGCUUCACUUUAUCUGAAGAUGGCCACUCAUGUGUCGACACAAAUGAAUGCGUCAGCAAUCGCUGUCAGUUUAAAUGCAUCAAUACUAACGGCAGCUUCUUGUGCACCUGUCCACAAGGUUUCCAUGUGGAGACUGAUGGAUUGACUUGCACUCCAGAAGUGACAGAAACAUCAGUUCCUUCAUCAGAGUCUUUGACCAGAACCACAGUUGAGCUCCAACACCAGUCUCCUCACACUGAUGCACCACCUCCUGAGCUGGUGAACAUCACACAAAGCAACACAUCCUCGGUGGCGAGUUUUGCCAAGACAUUUAAUUCCAGGGUGAUAAUCUGUGUCCUCGGGUCAGUCAUCCCUCUGCUGAUUUUGGUAGCAGUGACUCUGGCUAUUAUGAUUUUUCGAUGCAGUCGCACCAAAAAAGAAGCCAAGAAAAACACCACUACAGAUGGCUACUGUUGGGUGUCCUCUGGUUUGGAUCCACGAUUAGAAAAACUGUAUGAGUCCAUUUUGACUGAUGAUCUAUGACCUGAUAGUGAGGGAGAAGACUGUCUUCAUGGAUUGUUAUGUUAAUUUAUGUUAUUUAUGUUAUUGCAAGCUCUCGAGGCUAGACUAUGAGUUGUUGUAAAUGAUUACAUAUCAAAUCACAAAUCAGAAAAAAAAGUCUUUAUUGUUGUUAUUGUAAGUUGAUUUGAUUAGAUUUGAUGUUGUUCACAGUUAGAAAGACAAUAUUGUAUAUAGAGUAGAAACACAGUGGGUAAAAUAUUAAUAAUAUGGUGAAUUUGUCAAGAAGUAACACAGUGCUGUGGAGGUGUUGGUGCAAAAGGGCAGUUAUGGAGAGGAUGUGGGGGGCUGAGGGUGUAGAAAUGUGAGUUUGAACUGGAUUCCAGAUGAUUUCAAAAGGUUUUGAUUUGGGUUUAACAGAAAGAAAGUUGUACCAGGAAGUAAUGUUGAAAGUGAGCAUUUUAAUAGUAGUAACAUUUUCUGUUAUUUUGCCAGUAGGCAUGUUUGAGUAAUGUACAGUAUGUACCACACCACCACUGUCAGUUCACUAAACCUGUGAUCAGCUCCUGGCAAAGAACAUAUCAUUCUUACUGCUUCAUUUAGACUUAAAGAUUAUAUAUUGUGUUCCAAUAUCACAUGGCAAUAAUGAAGGAGAAUUUAGAUAGUUUACUUAAAACUGCAGUAAUGUGCUGUGUAUUUUUUCGGCCAUUUAGGGGCAGCAACACCUUUCACAUCAUCACAUUUUUGCAUGGUUGUUUGAUCCAUUGUUAUUUUAAAAACAUAAAAUGUCACGUCACCAGAUCAUGUCAUGUAGCGAAGUUAAAAGUACAAUAUGUACAUUUAAGAUGUUGUAAAGUACUUCAGAAUUGUAUUAAAUUAUUAUUAUAAAGAAGUUGAGCACAGGGAUGUAUUUGGACACAAAUCAACUGACAACAACUGUUUACUUUAUAAAAGGAGUUUGCACGUCUGAUGCUGGUGUAAAUAUAUUGUAAUGAUAAACACAUGUACAUCAGAGCAUCAAAGCAAUAUGUUAAAGUCAUGCUAUGAGACAAAAACAAAAUAAACU